AUGCGGCGUCUCAAAAGUGUAUUCGGGUCCAGAUCUGAGACACCUAACCCUGCUUCAUCUCGUGCUGUCUGGCCACGACGGCGUCCAGCGUCUGAGGGAGACCCAUUGAAGCCCCAGCCAGAAGACGCUUCGAACAAAUUACCACCCGAUGAACCGACAACCGAAGCGGGACCCAGCGCUGCGAACAAGCCACCUGCCUCGGCCGCGGUAGCCCCCGUUGACAAUACCGAAACCGGGUCGAAUGCCCAACACGCCCAAGACACCGGCGAACUUCCGCGGUCCAAGAAUGGUACCAAGCGGCUGAAGAGAAUCGUUGCUCGCUUGCGCGGCAGCCUAUCCCAGGAAGAUGACCCCAUCUCGGAUACACAGCCUCAAACUGCGCAGGAGGGUACCCGCAAAGAAAGGCCGAGCUCCAAACCUUUGAGCUCCAAUCCGGUUGAACCAGAUACUGCCGGGGAACUGUCCACAGCCGCUGGCAAGUUUGUCAGGUUCGAUGACCCGAAAGAGGGGCGGAAGGUCAGCGGUCAGACGACUCAUUCUCAGGAGUCCAGCCAGACUGAAGAUACUGUGUGCCGAGACCCUGCCCGGCACAUCGCGAUGCCUAUUCAGGAACCUUUGGAGGAUUGGGGAUGGCCCGGACUGAUGCUGCGGUACCCUGAUAGUAGCAGCAAUCCCAACACUCACACCCUUGAGGGUUCGGACCCGUUCUCGGAUGGGAAGGCCACCGACGUCCGACAGGCAAAGUCGGGUCCUUCGAGGCAUAGUGCAGGUACGAGUCGAGAGGAAUCAUCCAGGGCUUCUGAAGGGACGCUGGAACCUAUCGCUGAGACUGAUUUCGACACAAUCGAACAAGUCAUCGAGUCAGCCGAGCCUGAACAUCCGGACUCUCAGAGGGCAAGUUCGGCCAACAGUCAAAAAAGUCGGGUUAGUUGGAGUAGCACACUUGACUCGCCCAAGGCGAUCUCGGCCUUCAACCGGAUGGCAUCUCAGUUUGGUAUCCCGAUUUCCAUUCCAGCUGAUGAUACUCCAAGUCCACCAGCAGAGAGCAAACCUGUCACCGAGGAACAGGGCCCGAGUCGUCGUGGAAUUAAAUUGUUGGGCAAAGUUCGCAAAGUGCGAUCCAGUUUGGACGCCGACACAGCCCCUUUGGCACCAGCUCCUAAGCUGCGACGAAUGAAAACAUUCGCGAAUCUGCGCCGUCCCAAUCCGAUGACUUCGUUGCAAGGAAGAUCGAUCGAGACUUUGGCCCGUCUUGGAGGAUAUGGCUAUCUUAUGCUGACGGAAUUAGCCCCCUGUCCCGUGCAGCUGCCCGCGUACAUCGUGGCAACGUUGAUGUUUCUGCAUAAAUAUGGUCUUGACACUCCCGAGAUCUUCAUCCAGUCCGGCGAUCUGAAAGCCGCCAUUCGCUUGUAUGACCACUUUGCUAGCCAGGUGCUCGAGGUGGAGAAAGAUGAGUCUAAGAUUUCCCUUACGAUGCGUGUGGUUGCCAUGCCCCAGCUCCGUGAAGAUUCAGCGCCCGUGCUGAGUGUGGCCUGGGCCUUAAAGGCCGUGCUGGCGGGGCUUCCAAACGGGAUCCUCGGGAGUGUCCGGCUCUACCAGAUUUUGAGGGCGAUGUACUACCACUCGGUCCCCAAUCAAUCCCAUCUCCCCCGUGUGCCAGAUUGUAUCUCUGAGGCGAGCCCAACGACUGCCUCCCGAGUGCAGCUUAUGUGUCUUGCGCUCAUAGCUCUGGCUCCUGAGAUGCAGCGUGAUCUUAUCUGUGCGGUAUUUGGGCUACUUUCCUUACUAGUGAAUGCGGAGACCAACGUCCAAGACCAACCCGGGAUGGAGCUCCGUGAUCCAGUGGCGAGUCCGAACUUCAACGAGUUGGUGCGGGUGUUUGGACCGCUCCUCCUCGGGCUCAGGGGGCAAGAGUACCGAGAUGGGACCUCAACAGAGGUGGAAAAGGAGGUUGAUGAUCAACGCGUGGCGGGGUUGUUGCUCAAUAAUUGGCAUUUCGUGCACCGACAGUUGCGACACUGGACGAGUGGACGGUACGUGGUGGGCAGAGAAUAA